AGUAACACUGUCAGUUGUUUGGUUUGGCGUUUAAUUUUUAGGUAUUUUGGCCGAAACAAAUCUGUAAAUAUCAAAGGAAUAUUAUGAUGAUAAUGAAAUUACCACUUUUACAGUGAAAGCCUACGACCCUAAGUAGUUAAUGUGAAUAUUAUUUCAUAAGUAGGCCAUUUGCGUUCUAACGGAUUUGGUUACCGGGAUUUAGUGAAGUGUGAAGUUUUAAGUGUUGAAUUCAUGAUAGAAGAAGUUAGUGGUCAUGGCAGAAAAUGAUGAUUAUUUAGAAACGAUCGACAACAAUCAUUUGGACGGAACCAACGGUUCCCUAAACAUGACUGACAAUAGUCUCGGAGGUGGCGAUGAAGCCGCUGGCAGUGAGGUGCCAGACCUGGCAGCCAUCAAAGCCCGAGUACGGGAAAUGGAAGAGGAGGCUGAAAAACUAAAACAGAUGCAAACCGAAGUUGACAAGCAGAUGAGUAUGGGUAGCCCACCGGGACUCACAAGUCCAUUAAACAUGUCGAUUGAGGAGAAGAUAGAGGCAGACAACAGAUCAGUGUACGUCGGUAAUGUGGACUACGGCGCCACAGCUGAAGAGCUCGAACAGCACUUCCACGGAUGUGGAUCUAUUAAUAGGGUUACAAUAUUAUGUAAUAAGUUCGACGGCCACCCGAAAGGAUUCGCCUACAUAGAGUUUGGCGACAAAGACAGUGUACAGACUGCGAUGGCCAUGGACGAAUCAUUAUUUAGAGGGCGGCAGAUAAAGGUGAUGCCGAAGCGCACGAACAAGCCGGGGCUGUCGACGACGAACCGGCCGCCGCGCGCCAUGCGGGGCCGCGCGCGCUCGUUCCGCGGCGGCUUCUCGCCCUACUACUCCGGCUACCGGCCCGUGCGCCGCGGCAGGUACAAUCCAUAUUAACAACUGUCUACAUCUUCUACUUCUGUGAACCACUUCUACUACAUAAUUUGCAACUGUUACCAAUAUGAAAUUCGCUUGUAAACAACACCGCCAAGUGUUGUAGCUCAACAAACUUGUACAAACAUUUGUUUUUUAUUGUAAUUGGGCCUUGGAUUUUAAACUUAUCUUUAGUGUUUUAUAACGAUACGAUCUCAGAUUACAUUGUCCAUGAAAGGUCAGUUUUAAAAAUUCUUUUGCAAUAUUAUUUUAAAAUCAAUAAAAGUAUUUUUUGAAGAGCCAUUACUUUUUAUUUAUAAAAACCGAUUGUUGAAUUUGGAUUUUGUAUCUAUUAUAUUUUAUUUGCUAGUCUUAAACACCAAAUACAUCAUAAUAUCCAUUACAUUAUGACGUAUUUGUUGUUUGUGAAGAUGAGUACUUUAAAUUCUAUCCAAAUUAAAUAUGCUAUGUUUUGUAUGCCAUUUUGUAUGAGCAUUAUAAAAGUUUUACUGCAAAUUUGUAGCUGUAUGCAGGCUGAUAGUUUAAUUCAAUUCCUUAGUUUUUUUAUGAUUACAACUAUACGUUUUAUUAUAGAAAUCCUUUUAUAAAAGCAUGUAGACAACAUAAGUUUUUGUCAGUAAACUUACAAAGUCAUUUGAUAUUUUUUGUUUGUCAUUUUGUUUUCAUUGCAUCUUUAUUUAUUUUAUCAGAACAAAACAUCCAUCACCAUCACUAACGCAUAUUGAAAUUGUUGAAUCAUUUAUCACUAUCAUCAAUCAUGAAAUAUGUGCUACUAACAAGAAGUCUGAAGUAGACCUCGGCUCCAAUAGUAUUUAAAGAUCAUUACAUCAUUGACAUACAACCCAUUAGAGAUGAAGUUUGGUAUCAAUUAUUGUAAUACAUUAACAGUUGCAAAUUACAACAAUUUCUACAUAACUCGUGGAAGGUGCCACCACCUCGAACUCGCGUAUUCUACUUCUGUUUUAGUGUUUUAGAAGUAGAAAGAUUUGGUCAGUUUUAUAUUGCAAACAUCAAUAUAAAAUUGAUGUUGGAUGUGGCAUCUUGCGCAAGAAAAAACUCUGUAGACACUAGACACUGUUGUAAAAUUCGGUACAAACUGUUGUAAAUUGAUCAAAAGAAAGACAAUAUUUAUACACACUUUUUACAAAUAAAGUUUGUAAUAGAAAA